AUGGUAUACAUAUACAUCGCGUCUGUCAGGAAACAUAACCUGGAGUUGGAGUUAGUUUUAAGCAUUAUAUACCCGGCCAUCAAGAUUGUCGCCCAUUGUAUGAUCCAUGGGAUGACACAGACAUCUGCGCAGACGUUCUUUAAACAAUUGGACAAAAUAGAUGUGGUGGAGAUGUCUGAGUCCCAGCACCGACACUACCUGUCCCUUAAAUUACAAUCCGUCAACACAUAUAUGGGGUUCACAAUCGCGGGGUUUAUUCCCUAUAAUAGGAGUACAUUACUCGCUUUCAACUCAUUUCGCUCGAUGUCUUUGAGUGUUAACCAGUAUUUUAAACUCAUUCACAUAAACAAAACCAAGUCAUCAGAUAUCGAGAUACAAGAGUGUAAACAAAAUGAGCGUAAAGUCAAACCCGAUUGGAGUCAACUAGUGUUUGGCCGCAGUUUUACGGACCAUAUGUUUGAGAUCAACUGGAAUCGGGACUGGGGAUGGGGUACACCCGGCAUCUGUCCCAUACAUAACCUCUCACUGCAUCCAUCAGCCAAAGUGCUUCAUUACGCCCAAGAAUUAUUUGAAGGCAUGAAAGCUUUUCGCGGAGUCGACGACAAGAUUAGGCUUUUCAGACCCGAUAUGAAUAUGAAGCGAAUGCGAGCCACGGCUGAGAGGAUCUGUUUGCCGGAUUUCGAUGGAAACGAAUUGAUUGAAUGCAUGAAAAAACUGAUUAAAAUAGACGCCGAUUGGGUGCCCCCUUACGAGACGGGCGCCUCCCUCUACAUCAGACCCACUUUCAUAGGUACGGAGGCGGCGCUGGAGGUCCAGAGCGCCAACGAUGCCAUUCUGUACGUCAUAUGCGGACCGGUGGGCCCCUAUUUCGCGGGUGGGGCAGUCAAACCGGUGUCCUUAUUGGCCGACCCGGGCUUCGUGAGGGCCUGGCCGGGAGGGGUGGGCAACAAGAAGGUGGGCGCCAACAACGGGCCCGCAAUGGCCCUGCAGGGCGUCGCCGAGAAGAAGGGCUGUCAGCAGGUGUUGUGGUUGUAUGGGGCCGACGAUCAGCUCACAGAAGUAGGCGCUAUGAAUGUGUUUGUGUUUCUGGUAAACGAGAGGGGCGAGAAAGAGUUGGUGACCCCACCGCUCAAGUCGGGUCUCAUACUGCCCGGUGUGACCCACGUGUCGCUCAUGGAGUUGACUGAAUCGUGGGCUGAGUUUCGGGUGUCGGAGCGCGUGAUAACGAUGGCUGAAGUGCGACGACUGGUCAGAGAGGGCCGGAUGUUAGAGAUGUUUGGCGCGGGAACGGCGUGUAUAGUGUGUCCGAUAGGGCGCAUACACUUCCAGGGCGAGGACAUCGUAAUCCCGACCCCACCAAAUACCGGGUCACUUCAGAUGCGACUAUUCAAGAGUUUGCAAGACAUUCAGUACGGAAAGGUAGCCCACGAGUGGGCACUAGUAGUGGACUAACACUUGCAAUCACUGUAUGUUUUUUGUUAUAAUUAUAUAAUAUUUUUUUGGUUUUUUGUUACAUUUUUGUGGAGUCAUUGAAAUUAGCGAUA